CGAUUCCCGCCCACGACGAGUCCUGGACCACGGUCGCACAUCGACUUCAUCCACAAUGGCUACACAGCACUCCCACUCCCAUUCGCAUGCUCACGAUGCCGGCUCCCAUGGCCAUACGCACGAAGUCCUCGACGGUCCCGGCUCCUACCUGAACCGCGAGAUGCCAAUCGUCGAAGGGCGUGAUUGGAAUGAUAGGGCAUUUACGAUUGGAAUUGGAGGACCAGUAGGUUCUGGGAAAACGGCUCUGAUGCUGCAGCUCUGCUUGGCCCUGCGGGAUACUUACAACAUCGCCGCGGUGACGAAUGAUAUCUUUACGAGGGAAGAUGCCGAAUUCCUCACUCAAAAUAAAGCUCUCUCUCCUGAACGCAUUCGUGCCAUCGAAACCGGCGGUUGCCCGCAUGCCGCUGUCCGAGAAGAUAUUAGCGCCAAUCUGCUUGCUCUCCAGCAACUCCAGCGCAAAUUUGGAACUGAUCUCCUCCUCAUCGAAUCCGGCGGGGAUAACCUGGCAGCGAACUACUCACGCGAACUUGCCGAUUUUAUCAUAUAUGUCAUCGAUGUCGCUGGCGGGGAUAAGAUUCCGCGAAAGGGUGGCCCAGGAAUUACAGGAAGCGACCUGUUGGUUGUGAAUAAGACUGAUUUAGCAGAAGCCGUAGGGGCGGAUUUGGAGGUGAUGGAGAGGGAUGCGGCGAAGAUGAGAGACGGUGGACCGACGAUAUUUGCAGUCGUGAAAAACGGGAAGGGCGUGGAGCACAUUGUUAACCUGAUCGUCAGCGCGUGGAAGUCCACUGGAGCGUAUGAUAUUAGUCUUGCGAGGUGGAAGGCUGGUGCACCCAGAGGUUCCGGCCCGGUGUAGAAGGUGAUGGGUUGAAGACCAAAGAGGUUUUACCUUCCAGCACCAAUCCAGUCUAUGGAUAGUUCGGCAAACGCCCGACCUUGACAAAUCCAAUAAUGUACAUUAUCAUGAACUGUUCGUGGGUCCUAGUUCUUCCCUCUCCUGUCGUAUUUUUCCCUGAACUCUCGACUUUUGUUCUCUUCUCAGAGUCUCGGCUUUAACCCUCUUCUCAUCGAUCACGUUCUUCGAUCCUCUCUUCCGCAGAUAUCUUCGCAAAGCACUAUUUCGUCCACGCCCGCGAUUCUUCAAUCUUUCAAUGGGAUCCUCGUUCUUUUUAUCGAGAUCCCUUUCCUCUCGCUUGAUCUUAUCACUGACUAGAUCCAGAGUGCCCACGAAAUCUGGAUUGAGAGAAAUCAUUUCGGGCUGAAGUUUGGUCAAUAGAGACUUCACUUCAGCUUCUUGUCUUUGUUUCACACUCUCAUAUGGAUUGGCUUCUGAGGCGUCGAAAUUGGGCUCACCGGCGCCUGGGACUAUGAGGCUAGAGAAUCCUUUGUCGUGGGCCACGCCGAGGAUAUCCUCGUAUGGGCACCACCGGACAUUUUCGAUGCGUUGUCCAUCACCACCCCACGCCAUGUAUGGGUUUUGAACUUUCCGCUCACU